GAAAAUGUCAAGAAACUCGUCGAAAGGUCGAAGUGACGGCGAUCCGGCGGAUUCUUAUUAUACCGACUAUCCCGAUGUAAAAACCAACGAUUGCCUUUCCUACAGAAAUAUCGAAGGCGGCCCGUACGGUGACAUUCCGCCCGAGCCGAACGAGCGAGGCUUUUACAGGGACUACGUGGUCUUUAUGUUAGAGGAGGACGGCGACUACUCGAGAGAAAAUUCUGACGAAAACGACGAGAAAGAGCUGUACAAUUUGCGCAACGAGUACAUCCAAAAGUUGAACAUUGUUCGGAGAAGAUUGAAUUUGGCAGAGAUCGCCAAUGACGGCGACAAGUAUUUCCAAUCGGCUUACCAAAGGAAAUGCACCAUCACCGAAAUUGUUGAAGACGAUGAACAAAAACCAGAACAUACUAGCGAGCAGCAUUGUUCAUCGAAAACCCAAGAGCUCCCGCAGGCCCGUCCGCGAAGCUCGCCGAGCAGCACCGAAAUCCAAACCAUCUACCCCUUCUCGCUGCGCUACACGAAAAUCGAGGAGGCCGACUCGCUCUCCAACAUCCUCGACAUGGAGUACAAUCCCCCCAAGAAGAAAUCAUGCUACAGGCUGAAAACGCCCAAGAUGCCCUCCGCCUCGGAGAGCAACAUUCCCUACCGCACGAAAAUCAGCCUGCACGACGGCCUGUUCAAGAGCCCGUCGGAGAAGCGGCCGGAGAAACGGCCCGAAUUCGACAUGGAAAUGAUCGAAAAGUUCACCGUCACGAGGGAGAUUCAAUGCGAAUUGGGCUCCAACUCGGACGGAUCUACCAGAGUCAACGAAUCGCCUGGAAGGGGAGAAAGCGCGAGGAUCGAAUCCGAAUACGAGUCUUCCUCUUGCCUUUCAGCGGAGAGCGGUCGAGCAGAGAAAUCUACUGGAAGAAAGUAUGCGAUAGAAUCAUCUUCGGCGGGAUAUUCGAAGAGUGGAUCUUCACCUAAAAACAACCCAAAAGAGAUCGAUAAAGAAUCAGAUAACAGCAAAUAUAUGAAGGAUAUAACGCAGUAUGAAGCAUACAACAACCAAUGUAAAAGAGAAACUGAAUAUGUAGCUAAUGAGAAAUAUACAACAAUCAAACCUCUUUCCGCGAACAUCACAAGCGACCUAUCAUCAGCAAAGCAAUGCAUUAGAGAGAUGUCUGAGCUACAAACCCGUCUGGCCGGAUUGGAAAACACCUGCAGAAACUACAACCUAUUUCCCCAAGUCAUCGUUAAAUACGAGUCAUCCAAACAUGCUAUAGCCUCGUCCCGUUACACUCCGACUUCGUCCAGCGCCGGAGACUGCAACUCAAAGGAUAACGUGAACCACCCCAAUUUCGUCGCGGAGGACUCCUCCUCGCGGGGCGGCUACGAAAUGAUCACCACCAGCACGACCAUACUGGACGAUCCGCCGCCGAGGGCGAAGAAGAAAGAGGCCUGUAAGCGCAGGAAAUUCGCCCAGUUGAAGCGACCGCGGCCGGUGAACUCCAAGCACUUGGGCGACGGCGGCGCGGGGGACGUGAAUCGAAGGGAGGAGUACAAGGGGAACGUGGUGGCGCAGUACGCGAAAUACAGGGAAGAAAGGAGACGUUCGAAGUCGAGACCGGCGGAGGAAAUUGCCGCCCCCGCGCACUUGAGAUCGUCUGUUGUGGUGGAUAAUCUUCGGAGGAGUUGGAAUGCGGACGGGAAUUUUUACUAUUUUAAUUCUUCUUCGUGCGGCUCUUCGUCCCGGCCCGGUCCCUCGUCUUCUACGGACGCGAAGAGGGACAAUGGCGGGGCGAAAUGGACAGGAUCGCUUUUCUCCUGUUUUCGAUCGCUUUUGUCGUGUUUUAGAAGGAAAAAGACUGUGGAAGAGUAAAAGUGAUGUACGGUGUAAUUUUUUUGUAGAGAUUAAGAUUUAAAC